UAGCUCAAAGGCCAUUUUGAUCAUUCCAUUUUUUUAUAAUGAAUUAUAAUAAAAUUAUUGAUUUUUAUCACUGAGGCGUCUGUACAUAAUACAAAGGUGUUUUCAAAUAUUUCGUCAAAUAUGUUAUGUAUAUACAAAAUCUACAUUAUUAUAAAGUUGUGAAUGUUUGUGAUAGGAAUCUAAUAAGAGAUAAUUUGACAUCUUAAUUUGUACUUAAAGUUGUAUAUAUGAUAAAAAGUGGAGUACUUAGUCACACAGUGAAAUAACACAGGGGUGUAUAAGAUGAUUAACAUCAGUGAUGGCACAGGAACAAAUGAUAUAGAAGGAAGCGGAGUUCUGUGCCAUUUGGCAACCCCCAGUUAAAAAGUAUCAGGUUAAUUAGAUGUAAGUAUCAAAUAUGUCUGUAAAAGAAGAAUUAGAUGUAAAAGUAAAAAUAAAAGUUGAGGAUGACAACAAAAGUUCCAAGAGGAAAGAUCCCACCUCUUUCUUGCCAGAUGAACCAAUGACAUACGAGAUAAAACAAAAGAAGAAGAGAAGAAAGAAACGGCUCGAAGAUCCAUUUAAAGAUAUAGAUGAGAAACCAGCAGUGACGAUAACUAGAGAGAUCACUGAUGCAGAGGAUGUUGUAGCAACAGACAAUGUGAAGUUUGAUCCUGAAGUUAAUAUUAAAGUUGAGAAUAUUGAAGUGGAAUUAGAUUUUAAUGAUUUUGCUAACAAUGGAAGAUUAAUGCUGGAAGGUCCUCAUAGUGAAGACAGCCAGGAACCAGAAAUAAAAAUCGAGCAGCAAAACCACGAAGCGGUCCUGCUGACAUUCGAAAGCAUCAUCAAUGAUAAAUCUGUAUUCGGGUACAGUCAGGGUGCUGAAACUGCGCCCACCAACGUCUGCAAGGUGUGCCAUCUAGUCUUUCAAUCGCCGAAAACCUUGCGGAUGCACCAGAAACGAAAGCACAAAGCAUUUAGGAAGUACUUUAAACAUAUAUGUGAUUAUUGUGGUAUGUCAUAUGAAAUGAAAAAUAGUCUAGUCGCGCACAUUAAGAGGAAACACGGGCCCAAUGCAAUACCUGAUGACCUUGAGGAGCGGACAUGUGAUGUCUGCGCUUUAGUGUUCAAAGGGAUGACCAGAUUACGAAUGCACAUGCGAAGGAAGCAUGGUUCAUUCGAGGAGUCAUUCAAGCACAUAUGUGACGAUUGCGGUCUAACCUACGACAAAUAUCGAAGUUUAAUAGUACAUAUGCAGAGAAAACAUUCGGCCACACCAAAACCAGUCGUGGACCAGUGGUACAACUGCCCGUUUUGUCCGAAGAUAUUCAGUAAGAGGGAGACUUACGCGCGCCACGUCCAGAGGAAGCACAAAGUACCCGACGAGGACAGUGAGGAUGCAGAAAUAAAAAAGGAACCACUCGAGAAUUGCAUGAACGAGCAAACCGGCGAGAUUACAUGCAAAGAGUGUCCGCUAGUCUUCUCCUCAAUCAAUUUCCUCAAGUUGCACAUGAGAAGAAAGCAUAACGCUUUAAAGGAAGACUUUAGACUUAAGUGUAGGAUUUGUAAUUUGUCCUAUAAUAAAAUUGAGAGCCUAAAAAGGCAUGUGCGGAGGAAGCACGAUAAGGGUUCGCAUUGCGAAGUGUGCAAUAAACAAUUCGACACCAGGGAAAUGUAUCUAAAUCAUUCCCAUGUGAAAGUUAUAAAGGAAUGUUCUUUAUGUGGACUAAUAUUCGCCUCUGAAGGUGGUCUCGCAAAGCAUUUGAGGUGCACGCACAAGUUAGACCUGCCCAAGACUGUAUUCUGUAGUAUAUGCAACGAGGGAUUCCACGAUAAAAGACAACUCAAGCCGCAUCUAAUGAAAGUACACCUGAAAGUGUCCUACACUUGUAAGUACUGCAAGAAAGUGUUUAAAGCUAGAGAGAGUUACAGACGGCACGUGUUAUUCAAGCAUCCAGUGAGCAAUUUGACUCAUAGCCAAAUGCAAAAAUGCGAGCAGUGUCCAGCCACUUUCCUUGACGAGUUUGAACUUUGCCGUCAUAUUAACUUGACGCACAGGGAACCUGAUCCUUCCGAGCCGUUUUUCGACGUUAAAAAGGAGGAGAUGGAUCUGAAAGAUCCGUUUCAAUGCACGAAAUGCUCUGAAUCGUAUCCAGCAUGGGAGCAACUGAGGUUACACUUUGAGCAGAACCAUCAUCAAUCUGAAGAUACGCAGUGUCAGAUGUGUGGGGAAAUAUUAGCUGCGAGCAAACUGCAGGCGCACAUAAAGAGUCAACACACGGAUAUAGAAGUUAUAACUUGUAAAUACUGUCCGUUCCAGACGACAAACAGAGCGAGCAUGACCCAGCACAUGUUACGGCACAAGAACGCUACAACACUACACUGUGAUUACGCCGGAUGUCGUUAUAAGACGUUCUACGAAGGUGCUAUGGAGAAACACAAGCAGAAGCACGUAGAACAAGGUGUUAAGUUGCAGUGUACAAAGUGUCCCUUUCAGUCGAUGAAUAAAUAUAUCUUGAAAUAUCACGAAGAGGCACAUAUGACUGGCAAGAAGAGAUACAUGUGUGAUCAGUGCGAUUAUGCUACAAUAUUACCAGCGAAUUUAGUCCAACACAAGUACAAGCAUUCCGCUGAGAAACGGUUCAAGUGCGAAGUGUGCCCGUUCGCAACGAAAUACAAUACAUCUUUACGUUUCCACGUGAAAAAGAAACACUGUGAUCUACCCACAAUCAGCUGAGCUGUGAAAUGGUUUUGUUUUUUAUUAUUAUAGAGUAUUUGGU